GUUUGAAGCUGCCAUGGCUGGUCCGCGCGUGCGGCUGGUGGUCACCGCAGAUGACUUCGGUUACUGUCCGCGGCGCGAUGAGGGCAUCGUGGAGGCCUUCCUGGCAGGGACUGUGACCAGUGUGUCCCUGCUGGUUAACGGCGCGGCCGCGGAGAGCGCGGCGGAGCUGGCCCGCAGGCACAGCAUCCCUACCGGCCUCCACGCCAACCUGUCCGAAGGUCGACCUGUAGGCCCAGCCCGCCUAGGCGCCUCGUCGCUGCUGAGCCGCGAAGGCUUCUUUCUGGGCAAGAUGGGAUUCCGGGAGGCGGUAGCUGCUGGAGACGUGGCUUUGCCUCAGGUGCGGGAGGAGCUGGAGGCCCAAUUAAGCCGCUUCCGGGAAUUGCUGGGCAGGGACCCUACGCAUGUGGACGGACAUCAGCAUGUGCACGUACUCCCAGGUGUGUGUCAGGUGUUUGCCGAGUCGCUGCAGGCUUAUGGGGUGCGCUUCACACGACUGCCGCUAGAACGUGGUGUGAGCGGCUGCGCGUGGCUGGAAGACCCAGCCCGUGCCUUCGCCUGCACAGUGGAGCGCGAUGCCAGGGCGGCUAUGGGUCCUUUCUCCCGUCAUGGCCUAUGCACCUACAGGUGGACGGAUGCUUUCGUGGGCCUGAGCACUUGCGGCCGACACAUGUCUGCUCACCGCGUACUGGGGGCGCUGGCGAGAGCCUUGGAAGGUAUCCCUGCAGGCCAUGCCCUGACAGCCGAGCUGAUGGCACACCCUGGUUACCCCAGUGUGCCUCCAGCCGGGGGCUGUGGUGAGGGCCCUGAUGCUUUCUCCUGCUCUUGGGAGAGGCUGCAUGAGCUGCGGGUCCUCACAGCGCCCACUCUGCGGGCCCAGCUUGCCCAAGAUGGCGUGCAGCUCUGCGCCCUUGACGACCUGGACUCCAAGAGGCCCCGGGAGUUCUGCAAGGCCACUCUGGAACCCUUCUUGGAGCCCUGCCCCACCAUAACUCCGACAGUGAGCCGAUCGCUAAUGCCCCUUAUAGGUGUGGAGGAAAGGGGCCAGAAUAACCUCUGGGCACAGCCUGGAACCAUGGCCUGGGCAGGAACCCACUUCCCACAGUGAGACACUGCCUGCUUUGUGCCCAGGUCCUCAUGGUUCAGAGUGACAGCCAGGUAUUAAGGAAUCCACUCUUGGCUGCAUGCAGGCCCAGACAAUGACAUCUGGGCCUGCAGAGCAUUUGGUGACAAUUCACAUUGUAAUGUAAACCCCUGACUGGGCAGGGGC